AUGGCAGUUAGUAGAAUUGGUGGAGAUGAAUGGGAUCAGAUUCCGGAUGACGAAUUGGAAGAAACGAUUGGUGAAAGGCUUUGGGGUCUUCGUGAAAUGUUUCCAGAUGUAUUCAGAUGUAAAUUAGAAUCAUCAGUGGAUUGGUCAGUAUGGGCUGCGAAGCAUACGUUUUCGUUUGUAAGAUCUGCGCUUUGGAUUGUAUCAUCAUCGAUGAUGAUUUUAGUCUUGCCAUAUGUAAUUGAAAAAGAAAGGUCUGAGUACGAGAAAAGUCAGGUAGCUCAGCAGAGGCAAAUGUUGCUUGGCCCAAGUGCUGCCUGCAUGAUUUUGUUAAGGCGUAGUUAUCGUGAUGCUCGAAAUAAUGCUGUGAUUAAUUUUUUCUUUCGAAAAUUUGUUGAUGGUAAUGUACAACAAGUGAUGGAAGUUAGUGAUAAAUUAAAUAAGGUUGAAGAGCAGGAUAUUUCUUCUGAAGAUUAUAUGGCAGAUAUGACUACAAAAGAAAAUCUUAUAUCAAAAGAAAUAAACAACUUUGAUAGAACUCUGUCGCUGCAAAAUUCUUUCGCAACACAGCGAAAAAAAAAAGUAAAGGCUAGUCGAUUUCGGCCUAUUGUAUAUUCGGAGGGAGAACUGGAUAAGUCAGACUUUAUGCAGCCACCAUCAAGAGAUAAUCCACUUCCGUUCGAUCCAACUGCAGAUCCAUCAUUGUUACCUCCGACACACUCAUGGUGUAUUGCUCAUUAUGUGAAUCAUUUACCCGUAUUGCAGACACUUGUCGAAUUAGGCAUGGAUUUGUUUGAGGUAGAUUCAGUGACACAUAUCGGCCGUAAACUGGUGAAAUUAGAUUGGGAAAAUGUUAGACCAAAGCUUGUAUGGCUGAUUCAUCAAGUUGGUAUGCCUAUAAGCGAUGUUGGCUUAUAUUUAACACGAAAUCCGUAUUUCUUAUUGCAAGAUUUAGAAAACAUGAAAGUGCGUUUAAAUUACCUUUAUACAAAGCGGCUAACUAAAGCGAAAGUCCUUAAAAUUGUAAGAAACAAUAGAUUUUGGCUGAAUACCGAUGUUGAAACAACAGAUGCUCGCUUGGGAUGGAUUCAAAAAACGUUUGAUCUGACGGGGGAUGAAAUGCGUCAACUAAUAAUCACAGAAUCAAGAAUUAUUAUGUACGGUGUUGGACCGCUUGAAAGACUUGUUACUAUGUUAAAUGAAGAAAUGGAGUUUACAAAAGAACAAGUUAAGGCAAUUUUAUUGAAAGAUCCGAGAGUAUUCAUGAUGGAGCCAAAUGCUUUACAAACAACAUAUAAUUACCUUCGAUUCACUGUGCAUAUAUCAAAUAUGCAAAUUUGUGAAUGGCCAUUAUGCUUAAGAUUUACCAUUGGAGCAAUUCGUAGGCGACAUGAAUUUUUGGUGCUACUUCAUAAAGCUGAUUAUAACGAAGGUUCACCAAAUUAUGUACAUCUUCGCUCUUUGUUACAACCAUCUGAUCAAAAAUUUGCUGUUAACGUGGCACAUACAUAUUUGAAUGUAUAUAAUGCUUUUUUAAAAAGUUACUGA